ACUUAAUCAAAAACUAACUACGAGACAUGUGCUGGUCCAGCAGGAAAAGCAAAAUGUAAGAAUUCCGGGAAACCUAAGAAAACGAAGAUAGAGACAUGGCGGUGUGCCUUGUUAUAGACGCCGCUGCAUUAUGCGGUAUAACGCGAUUAACACAGUGGGGAUAAAAUCCCGAAAUAUCAUUUCGAGAACAGAAAACUAGAGAUGAGACAUUGCACCGGUCGUCGUCACCGGCGAAUAUCGCGUCCAAGCACACGGAAACAAGUUCUUGGUCUCAACCUCCAUUUGGAAACGUAUGGCAAGAUAUGAUGGAAAACGACAUUAAGUAUGUAGUGAUACCUCUUCAUCAUCGGCCUGACUUGGUUAAAGACUGUUGUAAGUUGCUUAAUUCUGAAUGGCCUCGAAGUGAAACUGCACGAAUGAAAUCUCUAAGUGUGUCUUGUGACGAUUUUCCCACAUGUCUAGUUCUAAUUAAUGGCGAAAACAAGGUUCUUGGGCACUGCAAAAUAUCUCUAGUGGCUAGAUCGAAAGUUAGCUGUUUCAUAGAGUCUGUUGUAAUCGACUAUCGAUAUAGAUCUCAAGGAUUAGGAUCUAGACUGUUGCGUGGCGUGGAGGAGUAUGUCGCAAAAAGAGGCCUAAAAAACAUCUACCUAAAAACAGACGGCCAGGAGGUGUUUUACUAUAAGAACGGAUACAAGGUGUGCGAUCCAUUUAAAGCGUAUGGCAUUAAUGACAUCAUAACUGUCAGUCCACCCCUUGGUAGGACUAGAUUUAAAGAGCAAAAUGGCGAUCAAUCCGCUGGACAAUUACCACCGCCGCCUCCGCCACCCCCCAUGCCGGCAUUUCAAUUGUCAAAGUUUUUUGACAUGCGAAUGUUGUCUCGAAAAACACACAUGGUCAAGAAAUUGUGAUACUAGUAUUAAAUUUCAGAGUGCGUUCUAUUCACACUGAAAAAACAACGAGAUUUUACAAUUGAAAUUAGAUACUUAAAGAAAAAUUAAUUCAAUUUGAUUUAAAUAGAACAAAAUGCGAGAAGGAUAUACAAUUUAGCACAUUACAGCUUAACGAAGAACUUGAAUUCUUCUAUUUAGAAAAUCAUACAUUAGUCGUAAAUAAUUUUUUGAAACAUGAAAUUAUUCAUUUGAAACCAUUCGCAAAUAAAUGUGCAUUUGUCUUUUCAGCUCGAUCGAGUGACGCGAACGAAGUAUUAUAUACUUCAAAUUUUAGACUUAUAUUCUUGAAUCUAUAUAGGAAAAUCUAUAAUAUGUACAUAACGUGUACUGUAGUAUUAUUG